AUGAUCGAAGAGUCGUCAGAUGGUGAAGUCUUGGUGAUCAUCACUCUUUCGCUGCUGGCUCUCAUAUUGACAGGAAUCGCUGCAUUCUUUCUGCAGAAGAAGUUCAAGUUCCUCCGAUUUUUCGCUCGCACCGCAUCUGCCAACGAAGGCUCCAAUGUUGAGCUCGACGACAUCAACAACAGCGCCGGGGCAAGUGACCAUCACGAGUCUGGAGAGAACAUCUCGUCCACGAAUGCGACUUACGGAAGCUCAACUACCAAUGGAUCCGAAGCAUCCCGUCGAUCACAUCUACGCACGCCAUCAAUCUCCUCGUCACGAUCACUUCCUUCUCUGAACUCGCAAACUUCGACAAACCUUGUUGAAGAAACGGUCAACAUUGAGAGAUCAGCUGGCGAAUCAAGGCCACCAAGAAGAAGCUCAACUCCAUUUUCUUUGAGCAACUACCGACGCCUGUCUCCUUCGCUGAGUCUUCCAGCUCUGGCAGUGACCAAAGAAGAAGAAGAAGAUACCCCAGCGGACAACACUGCGGUUGCUCAAGAACAAGAACACCAGUUUGCUGACCUCGGAUCUCCAGAACGAAGAGCCAUACAAACACCCCGACAGCAGCAAAUGACCGUCAGACGAUCCAACCGACAGAGAAAGCGACCAAGCUUCUACUAA